AAAGACUAUCUGAGAGUGCGUGCCGACUUCCCACAUGGAGGCCAACGAUCCCGGCAGUGUGCAAUACAACCGGUGGAAUGAGGACAACAUCAACAUGAACGUGGAGGCGUCACUGCCUCCCAUGACCAGGCUCUACAACAGAACAUGCACAGGCAAGACUGGCAUCGUGGUGAAGGCAGCCGGAGCACUGGUCGCAUUUAUGUUUGUCUUCAUCAUGGGAUACUUGACAGGAUACUACGUCCAUAACUGUGAAGUCCUUUGAGACUCGUCUGUGAUUUAGGGCGAUAUAAAUAAAAUUGACUUGAUAAAUGCUGAUGGAGCCCAAUAAUCCGAAAAAGUUGGAGAGAUGUAUAUCUGUAUUUUCCACAAAACAAUGACAAUGGCAAAGCACAAUCAAUGUGACAUGAAUAAGGAAAGCUCUUGGUAUUCCAAGUGUCUAAACUCUGGGGGUUCAUCUGUACAACUGUCCCAAUCACAUAGAAGAAUCGAAAGUUUGCAAUAUAAAAAAACAAGCAUGUGACAAUAAUAAUAAAAACAAUGGCACUGCAAAUGUAACAUGGUCAAUUUACAAACUCACAACUGACUUACACCAAUGGGAUAUGAUCUACUUUCAUUUAA